CUGAGCCCCCAGCCCACCGCCCCGCGGCGCCCCCCGGGGCCUGCCCCGCUCCCCCGGCAGGAUGAUGUGCGAAGUGAUGCCCACCAUCACCGAGGACAGCCGCCGGGGCUCGGCCUACGGGCCCGAGGACGCCAACUUCGAGCAGCUGAUGGUCAACAUGCUGACGGAGCGGGAGCGGCUGCUGGAGACGCUGCGGGACACGCAGGACAGCCUGAGUACGGCCCAGCUCCGGCUCCGCGAGCUGGCCCAUGAGAAGGAGUCGCUGCAGAGACAGCUGAGCAUCGCCCUGCCCCAGGAGUUUGCAGCGCUGACCAAGGAGCUGAACGCCUGCCGGGAGCAGCUGCUGGAGCGGGAGGAGGAGAUUUCGGAGUUGAAAGCCGAGCGCAACAACACGCGGCUGCUGCUGGAGCACCUGGAGUGCCUGGUGUCGCGGCACGAGCGGUCGCUCCGCAUGACCGUGGUGAAGCGCCAGGCACAGUCCCCGGCCGGCGUCUCCAGCGAGGUGGAGGUGCUGAAGGCUCUGAAGUCCCUCUUCGAGCACCACAAGGCGCUGGACGAAAAGGUGCAGGGGGGGCUGCUCCGGGCUGGGGAGGCUCUGGGCCAGGAUCAGCUGCUGGCGGAGAUGGAACGGAUGCAGAUGGAAAUCGACCAGCUGCGGGGCCGACCUGUCUCCUCCUACUCCAGGUCCCUGCCAGGCAGCGCCCUAGAGCUGCGCUACUCCCAGGCCCCUGCCCUGCCCGCGGACCCCUAUGCCGGCACCCCCCGCAGGCACAAGAAGGGGCGCUGGGCCGUCAAGGAUGAAGCCACUAAGGAGUGGGAGCGGGCGCAGCAGGCAGGGGGGCUGGCCCACCCCUUCGAGGGGGGGCUGGACGGUUCGGACGAGGAGGAGCGCGACCCCCUCUUCGGCUCGGCCGACCUGCUCUCGCCUAGCGGGCAGACGGACGUGCAGACGCUGGCCAUCAUGCUGCAGGAGCAGCUCGAGGCCAUCAACAAGGAGAUCAAGUUGAUCCAGGAGGAGAAGGAGUGCACGGAGCUGCGCGCCGAGGAGAUCGAGAGCCAGGUCAGCAGCUCAGCGCUGGAUGGGUCCCUGGGCCGGUACCGGGCUGGCACCUCCAUCCCCCCGUCCAUCACCAGCUCCACCCUGGCCAGCCCCUCACCCCCUAGCAGCGGGCACUCCACCCCCCGCCUGGCGCCCCACAGCCCCGCCCGCGAGGGAGACAGGAUGAACCACGUGCCAAAGGAGGAGGGGCGUGGGGCAGAGGAGAAGGCCCUGGUGCCCUGUGAGACGCCACCCCCCGCAACCCCCCGCACCGCCCGGCUGGAGCGGGUGAGCCAGGCCCUGGCGCUGCAGGCCGGAGCCCUGGAGGACGGCCGGGACCUGAGGGCAGGGCUGGGCUCUGAGGCACCACAGCAGCCAGACUCGCUGCACAAAUCCACCAAGAGAAAAUCAUCAAAAGGUCAUCCACGUCGCCUCUUCGGGAAGAAGGAAGGGCGGGCUGGGCCCCCAGGCCGGGACUCACCCUCCCUGCCCGGGACCCCGUCGGAUGAGACCUCCCCCGCGGACCCCCUGGGUCUCUCCAAGCUGGCUGGGCCGGUGGACAAGGACCGACGGAAUAAGAAGAAGCACGAGCUGCUGGAGGAGGCCUGUCGCCAGGGCCUGCCCUUUGCCGCCUGGGACGGACCCACCGUCGUGUCCUGGCUGGAGCUGUGGGUGGGGAUGCCGGCCUGGUACGUGGCCGCCUGCCGGGCCAAUGUGAAGAGUGGGGCCAUCAUGGCCAACCUGUCGGACACGGAAAUCCAGCGGGAGAUCGGCAUCAGCAACCCGCUGCACCGGCUCAAGCUGCGCCUGGCCAUCCAGGAGAUGGUGUCGCUCACCAGCCCCUCGGCACCCGCCAGCACCCGAACGUCCACAAGCAACGUGUGGAUGACGCACGAGGAGGUGGAGUCGCUCACGGCCACAACCAAGCUGGAGACCAAGGAGAUCAGCUGGGAGCAGCAUGCUCGACCACCUCAACAAGAAGAGCUGCGGGCCAGCUCAACAUGGUCGGCUUCCCGCGUGGACAGGCCCCCCCGUGUCUCCGACCCCCCUUCCACGGUGAGCUCCACUCGGGAUCAUGUGCUUGAAAGCCUCAACUAUGACGCAGGAGCGGAGCGCGACAGGAGGAAUCAGAACCAAUCAAAGGACCGAGCCGCCCCCCCGACAGCAGGGGCUGAGGUCGGGGCUGAAGAAUUCGCCAACAACCUGGCGGACGGGGUGCACGGGGCGCUGCUGGCCUGGACGACGCUUCGACUGCAGCACCUGGCCCGGCUUCCUGCACAUCCACGCAAGCAAACCCAGGCGCGGCAAAUGCUGGAGAAGGAAUUUGGGAAUCUCAUCGCUAUGGGAACGGACCGGAGGCUAGAUGAGGACAGCACCAAGACCUUCAGCCGCUCCCCGUCGUGGCGGAAGAUGUUCCGGGAGAAGGACCUGCGGGGGGUGAGCCCUGACUCAGCCGAGAUGCUGCCCCCCACCUUCCGCGCCACCGCCAUGGCACCCCCCAGCGUGCAGCUCCGCAAGGUGCAGCCCGAAGGAAAUUCCCUGUCGAGCCAGCGGGGUGAUGGCGUCUCGGUGCGAACCUACUCCUGCUAGCGCCAGGUGCCAGGGACCCAAAGACGGACACUGCUGCUGGAGGGGGGGGUUCUUCCCUCCCCUCCCCAUAGUGAGGGGAGGGGCCUGUCUGUCCCCUCCCCCCAAAAAACACUCCUGCCCCCGCCUGCAGGGGGCGUUGCUGCUGCUGUGAGUGGGGGACACUCCCAGCCCUGUGGACACUGCGGAUGGACCGGGGGGCCGAGCCCCACCCCAGGAAGGGGGAAUCUGGGGCAUGACCCCCCCCACCUGUCUGUCUGGAGUUUAUUUGUUGUUCUGUCAAGGGUGGGGGGCAAGAAUGUGAAUUGGGUUAAAGGCUCCCCCCAGCCUUAUAGCCCCCCCCCCACACUUGGCUUAUAGUCCCCCAGCCUGAGCCCCCCCAUCCCACCCCUCCCCCCGUAUUUUUAGCCACCAAGUUGUACUCUCCCCACUCCCCCUGUGGGAUCCUGUAUCCCCUCCUCCCCCAGCAUCACAGGGUUAACUCUGUCCUGGAAUCUGCUGCUAAAAUGGGCCCAUUUGACACACCACCCUCCACCCUGGCACCCUGGGUGCUCCCUGCUUCCUUCC